UUUGAUCUUUUGCCUUUUUAAGCUAAUGCCUAUCCCUUGCUUGGUUUUAGAGCAAUGCUUGGAUCUCUCUUUACUAUUCUGCAUGUUACAGUACUGAACUACUCAAGUUUAUUGUACAAUGCAUACAUAGGCUCACUUCACAGGUGCAUAUAUUGUUGUUACACACGUAGCUGCACUGCACCUACUAUACAGCACCAUUCUCAGUCUCUCACUCUGAUCAGAUCUUGGCUGUCGUUGGAGAAAUUAAGCUUAAUUACCUCAAAGAGAGACAGAGAUCUAGCUAGGGUGAGAGUGAGAGACAGAUAAUUAGUCGUAGCUAGCUAGCUAGUGCAUGCAUGGGUCUCUCAAGCGCCUUGGAUUGGUGGGACAAGUGGAAGCUGCGCAUCCUCGUCUUGUGCAGCCUCUUUGUCCAGUUCUUCCUCUUCGUCGCUGCAGAUGUGCGUUGGUCGUACGCCCUACGAAGGCUGAGGGUCAUCGUGUGGCUCGCCUACAUAGGGGGCGAUGCCCUGGCGGUCUACGCGCUGGCCACCCUCUUCAACCGCCAGAAGCAGCAGAUCACAACGGCGGGCGGCGGCGAUGCCGCUCUAGAGGUGGUCUGGGCGCCUGUCCUCCUCAUCCACCUGGGUGGUCAGCCAUUCAUAACUGCCUACAGCCUCGAAGACAAUGAGUUGUGGAAGCGGCAUGCAAUCACCCUGGUGUCCCAGGUCACGGUCGCCCUGUACGUCUUCUGCAAGUGGUGGUCCGGCGAGAAGAGGCUCUUGCAGGCGGCCGUCUUGCUCUUCAUCGUCGGCAUCCUCAAAUUCGCCCAGAAGCCAUGGGCGCUUCGGAGGGCUAGCUAUGGCAGCAUCACCUCCACCACCUACUCGUCGUCAUCCCCGCCGCGAAGAGGAGUCAUGGGAGAAGGCAUCAAUUAUUCGCUGGAAGAAUAUGUAAAAGAAGCACAGAAGCACAUAAAAGAAGGGCGACAGAUAAGUGACGAAGCUCAACUAGAGACGUUCAACAAGGAUCAAGCCUUUGCCUUGAAGGACAUCUACAAGAUGUUUCUCGAUCUAGCUGCUCCAUACUCCGUUCGGCUACACUUCCUACAGUCUUUCCUCAACUUGGACGGGGGGAACCAGCACAAAGUGUUACGGCGUUGCAUUAUUGCGCAAUUUGCGUCCAUUUACACCAAGGAGAGAUCAUUAGCCACUAGUCUUGGAGCCUGCUCAUUCCUUGUGCUUCCCUUUUUGGCCUUAGCUUCAGUGGUCCUCUUUGCCAAGAGCGACAAGGAUGGUUACGAUAACAAGGACAUCACGGUGACAUACAUCUUAUUUUUUGGCACAUUUGUGAUGGAGUUGGCACCAUACCUGCUUAAUGCACUUUUUCGCCAUCCUUUGCGUAAACUAGAAAUCCAAGCUUGGCAAGACAUGGUUUCCCAGCACAACAUCAUGUCAUUCUGUGCUCGGAACAAGAAGCCCCCAACUCUGAUGAAGCUUGUUACCUUCAGCUACCUCAGGGACUACAUCAACAAGCACUGGUACAUCAGGUACGAGCCCGCAGCACAACAGAUCUCGAUGCUAGUUCGUCACCACGCAGAAGAAGAUGGGUGGAAGGAGUACAUACAUGAUGCAGCCACAUACAGAAGAUUCAACAAUCUCAGGGGUGAGCACACUCUGAUGAAGAUGAGCCACCACCUGCUGCUGCUGGAACAAGACAAGCUGGGGUGGACCUUCAACCGGCCAUUUGAUGAGUAUGUACUUCUCUGGCACCUAAUCACCGACCUCUGCCUUCACCACACCAGCACUACUAGUACUGAUAAUACAACUACAGCAUCAUCCUCUCAGUCUCAAGACACCAUCGUCGAGAGUCGCCGCCGUAGGCGCAGCAGUGAGAUAAUAUCCAACUACAUGAUCUACCUGCUCUUCAUUUGUCCUGACAUGCUAAUACCAGCUGGGACAAGAUCUGACCUGUUCAUGCUUGCGUGCGAUGAGAUCGAGUCCAUGACGACAAAGGGCGAGUCACCUUCGCCAUUGCCGGACGAUGAGACAAGAAGCGGCAUUGCUCAAUGGAUUCUUGGCAUGGAACAAGGUGAUCGACGUAUGGUCGAAGCUCCUAGGAUUUCCGAAGCGCUCAGACUCGCUAGAUUUCUCAUCGACAGCCUCAACGAAGAGCAGAGGUGGGAGGUGAUUCAAGGCGUGUGGGUGGAGAUGCUCUGUUACUCUGCCAGCAGAUGCCGUGGCUACCUGCAUGUCAAGAGCCUAGGUGUUGCUGGGGAGUUCCUCACCAAUGUUUGGCUUCUUUGGUGGUGUAUGGGGAUGCAGACCUUACCGGACAUGGUGCACAAUCCAGAACCUCCUGAAGAAAUAACAGCUGCUGCUUCGGUUUGAUAUCAUUAUGUGUUAUUACUUAUUUUGCAUUAGUUUGUGUGUUUUCUCUGUUGCCGCUGCAUGCGGCCAUUGGGCGCGUUAUUUCUUUCCUUGUUUUGAGGGUGAUGAGCGUAUGUGUGUUUAUUUGCUGCUUUCAAUAAUAAUAAACUGCUCCGAUCGAGCGAGUGUGAUAAGCACCCAUGACUCAUGGGAGAUUA